CCUGAGUGCUGCACACACAAAAAAAACACCACGGCUCUUCUCGCAGGGACAAGAUUUCAGCCCAAAGUUUUUUCUUUACAGAUCUUUGGUACUUUGAAAAAUUAAGAACAUGGCGAGUAGAAUAAUGGCAGUAAAAGGCCUGAAUACAGCCGCAUCAUUUCGAGGGCGAUUAUAUGUCAAUGUGAUCGUGGUUCCAUCGACAAACGCCGAUCAAUUCGAGAAGUUUUGUAAGUUAAACAAAUCUUGUUGUCCUCUGCUUCAGCGCAGUGCACCUGGAGAUACCACAACGAAGCCUCUAGUACGUGAUUCAGACAUCAGAACAUUGCUACCUUUCUACCAUGUCCUGAAAAACGGCCAUGAAGUCGAACGUGUUACCAAUCUGACGCAAUUUCCUUGGAACGACAUGGUGGCAUUUUACAUCGCCUCGAUAAGCCAUCACAUUGAGGAAGAACUCAUUGCAACUGGAAUUCUUGAUGCAAGCGAAGAAAAUAUGAAAACCGUCCCUCAUUAUAAAACUAACAUCAUGUGUAAAGAGGCUGGAGCAUUCGGCAGUCCACUGGUGGUUUGCAUGUUUCCGAUUCCUAAACGACUUUUGGAAAGGACUGUAGCAGUUACCUCACGUUUGGAGACUCUAAUUGGAACAGUGGUACAUAUAGGUGAUCCUUCCGUGAUUGGGAUAAAGGAUAUUACCAAACCAUACCUCGGCAAUGCAUUUGACGUGGAUAUGGACGCCGUUGUUCCAGUAUUCUGGCCUUCCAGCUUAACGGCUCAUGCGGCUGUCAAACGCGCUGGCUUACCGCUGACCUUUACUGACAAUAUGGAGCAGUUGAUCGCAAGUGAUACAACCGUAGCAGAAUUCAUCAUGAAACAUCCGCCUGUUCAUGUAGAUACCAAGCCACAAGUAGUAACAUUAAAAGACAAACCUUUCACUGCUUCUUUGGUUUCUGAAAGCGCAGUCCUCAGUCUCCGUGGUCUCGAAAAGGAGAUUCAAGACGACAUCGGAGAAAGGGGCAUCGCUAAACUUCACAUUGCUGACGAGCUUCUGCGGGCUGCACUCGUUUUGUCACACUCGUCAUUUGUAGGAAUACAUUUCGGUUUCCCUUGCAAUACCAAUGAUGAGUUUCCAGAUGAAACGGACGGUCCCCUUGGGGCAAUUGCACUUGGUAAAGCUCUCAAAGCCCUUGGAAAGGAGGUGACAUUUAUUGCAAGUUACUAUCACGUCAAAUUAGUGCAGGUACUUGUCGAAACAUUUUUGAGAAACAAAGCUUGUGUUGUGGAGUUCACGCCACAACGGACACAUGGCUCUGGCGGGGUCAGAGCAGCUGCUCAAACGUUGCUGUUUCACAAUCCAACGAAUCAAAUGAGUCCAAAGUUUGACGUUUUAGUUGCCAUAGAAGCGGUUGGUAGGACAGAAGAGGGCCGUUACAUGACCAUGAAAGCAAGGGACUUGUCCGAGAUUUGUAAAGUCAGUCCAGUGGACGAAGUUUUCAUUCAAGCUAAAAAGUCAGGAAAAAUUGCCACAAUCGGAAUCGGUGAUGGUGGUAAUGAGAUCGGAAUGGGAAAGGUCCACCAAAUGGUCGUCGAUGGCAUUAAAAAUGGACAACACAUCGCUACUACGGUUGCCACUGAUCAUUUGAUCACCUCGGGUGUUUCCAAUUGGGGCGGAUCGGCGUUAGUGGCAGCUCUGGCCAUCUUAAGUCAGUGCCCGGUGCACUCACCGUACGUCAGACGAGGAAUUUUGCCUGAUACACCUGUUCUUACCAAAGAAGUCUUGAACACGGUGGAAAUGGAAGAAGACAUUCUGAAGUGUAUCGUUGGGCUCGGGGUAUGCGACGGUAUAUUACAAAAGAGAGAGAUGUCUGUGGAUGGUCAACCAUUUCAUCCCGUCCACAAAGAAAAAUUGCAAAGACUGUUGACUAUAGCCACUUUGCCAAUAGGGAUUACCGAGCAAGACGCGGCCAUACGAUGAAGUGUACCCUUCACUUUAUUUCUGUAUAUGUUGCAUCGCAAGAAAAGAGAGACAAACAAAUGUUGAAACUAAGCUACAAGUACAAUCUAAGCGAUUUGUAUUAUUCCAACUCGUCAAAUCGUCUCAGAGGCUUCCGUUCACUAUAACAGUAAUUUAACUGAUUUGAAAGGUAUCUUCUUACAAUAUAACUUUAGAGCAUUUUGAAAACCUUUAUUUUUACUUAUAACUAUUGAAAAGGAACCUUUGAACGCCAUUGUGAUCGUGUCAUUGUGAUUAAGCCUUUAGAGGGCGUUAAAGAGUAACACUAAUGGUUUUGUACAAGAAAAUCACUACGAGCUUUUUUUUUUAUUUGUAUAAUUUUCAUAAAUAUUCAUUAAUCAGGGCUUUUCGCAGG